ACCUUUGGGUUGUGCGUUCGCUACGUUUUAGCUCAAUUUGACAGUAGUUCAACUGAGUUGCGGUUCGGGAGUGUCUGUGUCUUGUCUCCAUAGUUUUUACCAAUACCACAAUGAGCACCUACUUCCAGUACCCGACCCCCGAGUUGCAGGAGGAGCUGAAGAAGAUCGCGCAGGCGAUCGUCGCUCCCGGCAAGGGUAUCCUCGCUGCCGAUGAGUCCACUGGAACCAUGGGCAAGCGUCUCCAGGACAUCGGCGUGGAGAACACCGAGGAGAACCGCCGCAAGUACCGCCAGCUCUUGUUCAGCACUGACCCGUUACUCGCGAGUGUCUCACUAGCGUUAAAACGAGAGAAGCAGACGCCGAGUCGGAGCUGCUCGGCUGUUCCCGCCAACAUCCGCCGCACGCGCAUCUAA